AUUUUCUAAAUUUUUUUACUAUCAAUCUCCAAAAGGAGAUUCAUAGAAACGCAGCUUGUGCUCCAACACGUGAUGACGUCACGUGAUUGCUUGAACGAAUAUGGCGCCUCUGAUUAGAGUACGAUGAAUUUGUAGGAGUUUUCUGCUAUUUUGCGUCUGACAGUUGACAAGAUGCCCGUUGACAUUAAUCGAUUGACAGAAGGUUGGCUAGAACUAGAAAGUGACCCAGGUCUGUUCACGUUGCUCUUGGAAGAUUUUGGUGUGAAGGGCGUCCAAGUGGAGGAGAUCUAUGAUCUGCAAAAAUCUCUGGAAGGCCCAGUCUAUGGCUUCAUCUUCUUAUUUCGGUGGAUUGAGGAACGACGAUCUAGGCGGAAAGUCGUGGAGCAGGAUGAGAGUUUUGUCAAGGACGAGGAGAUUGUUAACAAUAUCUUCUUCGCCCAGCAGGUGGUCCCCAACAGUUGCGCCACUCAUGCACUACUCUCAGUGCUGCUAAAUUGCCCGAAUAUCCACCUAGGUACGACUCUGUCACGAUUGAAGAUGCAUACCUCCGGCAUGUGUCCAGAGAACAAGGGUUGGGCGAUCGGCAAUACGCCAGAACUAGCCUGCGCACACAACUCGCAUGCAAUGCCUCAAGCGAAGAGACGACAAGACAAGAACACUGGUGUUUCCACGGGUAGAUUCACUGGCGAGGCUUUCCAUUUUGUCAGCUACGUACCGAUAAAUGGUAGGCUGUUUGAGCUGGAUGGCUUGAAACCCUAUCCCAUGGAUCAUGGACCAUGGAAGGAACAUGAAGAAUGGACGGAGCAGUUUAGACGUGUCAUAACUGAUCGUUUAGGCAUGGCAACUGGUGAACAAUUGCAAGAUAUUAGAUUCAAUUUGAUGGCCGUUGUACCCGACAGACGUCUCGCUAUUUCGCAUAAAUUAACGAUGCUGAAGACCAACAGACAGAUAGUCUUGGAAGCUUUGCAGCAGUUGAUGAAAUUAAGUCAUCAAGAUGGCAACGUUGAGAAGAAUUCACAUAAAGAGAUUGAUCCCGAUAAAGAGAAACAAUAUGAGAAAAGAAACAAGACCGAGGAUGAAAAUGGAUUGCCUAAGACAGAGAUCGAAGAAUCGCCUACAAUUCCCACUAUCAAUGUUGAACGAAAUAAUGAUUCAGCAGUGGUUUUGGAUGAAUCGGUCUCUGGCAUCGCAUCUGGAAAAACCGAAUCCACUGGAAUGGAGAAAGUGGUGAUGUGCGCUCUGGAUUACGCCACGCCGUUACGAAUUCAAACUUCACCAGCUCACAGCUCAUCGAGUACAGAUACAUCGUCGGAAAUCGGAUCGGCCUUCAACUCGCCUACUCAAGCUUGGGGAUGGAAUUCUGGUCAGAGCAGCCCUACGUCGACGAAGGACUUCAAGAAGUUUGUAGUCAUCAGAGUUGCUGGUGACGAGAAGAACGAAGCGGGUUUGAGUCGUUCUCUGGGAAAUAUUAAUAUAAACGGGAAAAGAUUGGUUUCCGACAGUGGUCAUUUACAUAAGAAGGUCUGCCUAUCGGGUGAAGUCAGAAUUCCUCACGCGAGGGUGAAAACCAGCAACGGCGACACAGUCACGGAGGAGAAGAAAGUCGAGAAAAUCGAUCCUAAACUGUGCUCCAAAUAUCCGGAAUUGUUCGAACCGCACACGUUCGCACCCAAGGAUCUCUUGGCGUUGCUGAAAAAUUUAGAGCACGAGAUCAGCGUAUGCGAGACCAGCCUGAAGGACGAGAACGACAAAAGAAACAAGUACAAGAUCGACGAUUGCCGGAGAACGCACAAUUAUGACGAAUUCAUUUGCACCUUCCUCUCGAUGCUUGCUCAGCAGGGGAAACUAGCGGAGUUGGUUCAACAACAUCUAACGUUAAAGAAGCACUCUUCUGUUUCAGUGAAUAGGGUUCACAGGUCAUCAAAAAAAUCGGAUACCCGUCAAAACUCUUCACGCAGACGUCGUGGUAGAACAAAAUGUAAAAAGCGAAAGUAAUUUUUAAUUAAUGUAGUUUUAAAGCUUAGGGCAUUCCAUCUGUUAAGAAUUAUUUGGAUUGUUAUAACGGGCAUCCAUAGAAGUACAUCCUAUAGAAACCACUUGAUAGUUUUAAUCACGUAGAGGCCAUAUAUCUAUAAUAGAACGAUUCUAAAUUAUACGUGAAUACUUUAGAGAGUGAAUUUAGAGUCCGAAACAAGAAGCAAAAAAGUCACGCGAACGUAAGGCGUUUAUUCUCCGAGUUAAAAUAAAUUAAAGUAUUCAAAAUGUUUAUUCAUACGACUUUUUCUCUGGCUUCAAAUUUACUGUGCAAUAUUGACGUUAAAAAACGCCCUGUAUAAUUUCUAAAUAUUAUCUUUUCAGAAUCAUGAUUUAUCGUUCUUGAUAUUUCUAGUUUUUUAGUAAUGUAUUUUUUAGACGAUAGGACUGAUUUCAAUUCAAAUGCUAUCAUUACUUUUUAUCACUCUGUACAAACUAUUUUACAAAAUGGCAAAGUAUACAUAUAUAUAUUUUUUAUAUUCUUUGUAUAAUCAGCUGUGUGAUGUUUAAUUGUCUAAAGUAGAUACUUAUGCUUAUUUUUUAGAGAUAUAUUCUGUCCCUCUUUUCUGAAUCAUAUUUCGUAUGAAAUAUAUGUAUAUGUAUUUAUAAUUUAUUGUAAAAGCAUAACAUGGCAUUUCUUUUUUCCAAAUUACUGAAGAGGAAAAGAAAGGGAGGCGCUAGGAAGUCAAAGAACCAGGAGAGGGGCUUUGUGUCAAAAACAUUGAAAAUAUUUAUUUAUCGGUAUUCAUAUACAAGUACACUACACGCGCUGUGGAUAUGUCCCUUAGAAUCUAAAUACUUACAUCUCCGAGCAGCGCCGGAGAAAGGAGAACCAAGCUUAUUCGAUUGGAAUUACGGCUGGUUUUUUUUUAAAUCGUAAAUCGGACGACGGGUCAUCGAUCCUCGCCUCUAAGUCGCUUUACCGUUAGUAUAGUGCAUAGGAACUGUAGUCGAAACGCGCGCGAAACGAUUUCGCGGGGGCACAAUUGAGGAGAGUAGAAGUGGAAGAGGGAAGAGGGAGAAGGGCAGAAAGGGGGUAAGAGUGUCGUUCCUUCUCCGGCCGACGCUCCGGCGGUCCUCGUAACUGCUUUUUGGCAAAAAGGUGCGAUUGUAUAUUUACAAAUUGUUUGUAACGUGUCGGCUCUCUCGCGAUCGUCGCAUUAUUGUGAUCGUUCGAGGCGAGCGAGGCAAAAGUGCGCGAAUAAUCGGGAUGUAUUUCUGUGUGUGUGCGUGUAUAUGUGUGUAUAUGUGUGUUGUAUUUGUGUGUAUGUAUCUGGAUCUAUGUAUUCUCAAAAAUGUUUAGAGCGAAUCUCAGUCUGAAGAGUGAAAUGUCACUCUUAAAGAUAUUGAAAAUUGAGUUACUCUUUUUCAAGACUGGUUUUUCACUCUUUAGAGUGAAAUUCUCCAUUGCGAAGAAUUUAGAGAGAAUGUGUUAAAUCCGGAAACGUGUCGAGACCUCGUCGUUGAUCGCGGAAAUCGCGGGCACUCGUUAGUUAACAAUAGAA